CGCCUUCUGUGAUUGGCUGAAGAGAGUUCACAGGCGGUUCUGAUUGGUUCCUGACGCUGUCAGUCUUGCUGGCGCUUGACAGCUGUCUGUGUGCAGCCAGAGGACGCAGCUGGGGGAUGAAGUGCAAGGGGCGGGACUGCAGGUGUUGGGUUAUCAGGUUUUCUUGACCAGAAUUUAAGUCCACGGGAUUAAGAAAUUGAACAAUGCUGAGAGACACCAUGAAGUCCUGGAAUGAAAGCUCCGAUAUAUAUAGUAGUGACCAAGAAGAAGAAGAGGAAGAAGAAGAGAUGAUCUUUGGUGAAAACGAUGAUGACCUUGAAGAGUUGAUGGAUUUUAGUGACCUUCCGACAUCUCUAUUUGCAUGUAGUGUGCACGAAUCUGUCUUUGAGUUAGAAGAUCAGAAGGAACGAUUUAAAGCUCUUUUCACAAUAUAUGAUGGCCAGGCUUCCUUCCAGUUGUUUAAAAGCUUCAGGCGAGUGAGAAUUAAUUUCAGUAACCCAGAAGCCGCAGCUAGAGCCAGAAUUGAACUACACGAGUCAGACUUUAAUGGAAAGAAGCUGAAGCUGUAUUUUGCACAGGCCCAAGUUUCUAAUGAAGAAGGGGAGAAAUCUUUUCUGUUACCUCCCCAGCCAGUGAAACAGUUUUUAAUUUCACCACCAGCAUCUCCUCCUGUCGGAUGGAAACAAAGCGAGGACCCAACACCAGUGAUCGACUAUGAUUUGCUCUGUGCUGUUUCAAAACUUGGCCCAGGGGAGAAGUAUGAACUGCAUGCAGGCACAGAGUCAACUCCUAGCGUGGUGGUUCACGUAUGUGAGAGUGAAAAUGAGGAAGAGGAGGAUGAGAUGAGAGGCCCAAAACAAAAAAUAGUUCAGACUAAACGUCCUGCACCUCCUUCUGCUUCUUUAAAUUAGUUUGACGCCUUUAUCUAUUUAAAAAAAAAACACAUAGAUUUGGAAAACAUAUCUUAAAAGGGAAAUGUAGAUCUUCUUAUUAUUCACUGUAUGUAUAUAGCUAAAGACAAUCUAGAUCACAUUACCAAAAGUGGUAUAACUGCUAUAUUUAUUUAAUGUACCUUUUAUUUACUAUUAUGUAUUUGUUACAUACUAUCAGUGUUUUAGCCAUUAUACUGCAACCAAAAAAGGUUGACUGCAGAAAAUGUAUUUUUGUGUCCUUUGCCAGUUUCAAAGAGGCAGUCCCUCUUAGCAAGGAAGUUAACCACUUAAAGAAGAUUUUCUACCCAAACACUUGGGUGAAACAGACUGUUUGACUAAUCUACAGGGUAUUAGCUACUUAGUUUGGGACAUUGUCCUUAGUCAAGCAAGUUUCUCACCACCUCUGAUCGUCCAAUAUAGUUGUCUGUGCCGCUUUUGUCAGAAUUUUUUUUCCACAGUUUUAUGUCACAUGAUGAACUGCAAGUAGUCGUUGUCCUUGGCAGAAACAUUAUGGGCAACAGAUUGCCCAGAUGGUGGCAGUGCCACACUUCACAUAGUUUAUAUUUUGGAUGUUCUUGUUGUAUAACUUAUAUCGAUAUGUUAGUAUAAAUGGACACUAUAUGACUGUGAGCUUUUAUUUGUUAUGUUUAUUAAACAAAGUUAUCCAACCAAGAAUACAUUUGUAAAUCUUAGGUUGGACAAGUAACCUUCAAAUGGUUAGUAUCCUAACCUUGUUGUCUGACCUGUCUGCGUUGCCAGUAUCUAUACAUUUUCCAAUAACAUUACUUGUUUAGGAUAUCCAUUAGUUCCUAUGAAAGUCAAUGGGGAAAUUCAUUUUGGCCGACUUUUGCUAUGAUGGUGAAUGUAUUUUAUAGCCUGAUAUGUAGGAUGCUACCUUCAAGAGGCACCUUAAGUUACAUGUUCUAACAUUAUUAUAACCUGACGUCAAUGCUGUACUGUCUAGUGUGUUUAUAUAAGCCUUAUAUGGUGAUUGUUAAACUGUGUCUCGUGUUGUGUGGACUGUAAGUACACAUGUGCACCUACUGUAGUAAAAUGAUCAUCACGAUUGGCUACAUUUCAUUGUAGUAAAGGAAUUGGGAAACAAAGAUAGAAAUGAAAUGAACCUCAUAAAUAAUUUUUUGUUACCAAUGAAAGAAUUCUGUUUUCCUUAUUUAAUUUAAAAUAACAACCAAACCCAACAGCUAAAAACUUUACUUUGCAAAAUACCCAUAGUUAGCUCAGGCCGGAGUUCUCAGUUGCCUUUGAGCCACGUGUAUCUCACAAUGAUCUGCAUGUGGCUUUCCAGCUGUUGGCCACUGCAGAUUAGAUGCCAGUUACACCAGGGAGGUCAUAGAGCUUACUGGAGUCAAAACUAUAUCAGCAGCAGCCAACACUAGGUUAAGAGCCAUAUAAAUCUGUCAUAUCUUUAGUAAUCUUUUUCAGUGUGGCUCAACACCAUCUGUUGCAUAGGAAAGUCAUUUGUGUCCUACAAAAGGAUGUGAACCUGUGCCUUAGACCAUGUUUGUGUUCUGUCGGGUAUCUCCUCACACCUGUUUUCCCACUCUCUGUUUAUGUAAACGCCUUUUAAUGGCACAUUUUUAGCCAUAUGUGACAUUUGAGCUGAGUAUUGAACUCUGUUUGGUCAACCAUCCACCAGUUCUGGCAACUUGAAGAUAGUAAAUCACACUGUCCUUCCCUUUUUCCAUAGAAUAGCAAAGGGUUACGCCCAUACUGUACCCAUGCUUGAGCAGGGGAGGGUCACUGAUCAUAAGUAUCAGUAGACUUUCCAACAUCUUAGGGCAACCUCAUCCCAACUCUGUGCUACUGCCUAACAACUAAUAACACUAAAGCAGUGUCCAGCGAUGUCUGUAGAUUUUCUUCAGUAUUACAGCAUAUGUUGUCAGCAGAAACACAAAGAGCUGUUAAGUUUCAUUCUUUUUAAUGGAUGGGAAAGUUCAAAAUUUGUACUUUUCUGUCCUGUUAAUCUCUAGGAUAUGUCAGUAUGUAUUUGUUAGUAUUGGGUGCUAUAAAAAAUCAUUUUGUAGUGUUCACUGUUUAGAUGCAUCAGUUUUGAAUAUAACGUUUUAAUAGAAUUUUCUGUAUAUUUUAUUUUUAUCUACCGUAUUUCAUUUAUUUGAGUUAGGCUGGGUCCACGCCACGUUUUUGCAAUACAGUUCCCGUAUCAGGUUUUUGAUAAAAAACGGAUUCCUCAAAACCGUACUAAACUGUAUCAAAACGUGUGUACAAAUUUUAAUCCGUAUACAGUUGAAAACCGUAUACGGUUUGAAAAAUGAUGUCCAGUUCAUCAGUUUUUUAAGAAAAAAAGUAUGUUUUUAACUUUUCACUUCAUUAUGAAUAAAGUUUCACUUGUUUGAUUGCACAGUUCUUUUUUUAUUGAAAUUUCAAAGUAAAAAACCGUAUAGGGAAAACCGGAUGGAACCGGAUGCACAUGCGGUUCUGUAUGGAUCCCAUUGACUCCCAUGUUUAAAAAAAAAAACGUCUACAGUUUUUCUCCCGGACCAAAAACCAUGGUAGGCUACAGUUUUGGGUACGGGAAAAAACUGACAAAACCGUAGAGGAUGCAAAACGGACACAACCAGAUGCAUCAUUUGGCAUACGGUUUUCAAUGGAGAGUCAAUGCAUACGGUUUUCAAUAUGGUUCCGUACGGUUUUCAAAUUGAAAACGUAUACGGGAACUGUAUCUCAAAAACAUGGUGUGAACCCAGCCUAAGUGUAUAUAGCAACAAUAUAUUUUAUGGUAUAGUUUCUAUAGAAUUUUUAUAAAUGUGCAACCUUUUUUUUUUUUUGCUUUUUAUUGGGUUUCAUAAUAUUCUGCAGUCUAAGCAUCCACUAGGAACCUAGAUUUUCUGUGGGAGUAUUUUAAAUAGAUAGUUCAACAAAUGGGGAAUGUAUAGGUUACAUAAUGUAGAGUUUAUUAUUAAUACUGUAUACUUUCAUAAGUAUUUUUUAGAAUACAUGGUCUUGCUUCAUAGACAUUAAAGGGGUACUCCCGUGGAAAACUUUUUAUUUUUUUAAAUCAACUGGUGCCAGAAAGUUAAACAGAUUUGUAAAUUACUUCUAAUAAAAAAUCUUAAUCCUUCCAGUACUUAAUAGCUGCUGAAUACUAC